AAUGGAUCCAGACUGGACAAUGAGCAUCCUUGACCCUAUUACAAAAUCACUGAGCAAUUGAAAUUAUUUUUAGUGGGUACGUGAGCUCAUUUUGGCAGCCGGCUGAGUGUAAGUCAGUCUUGAGCAGCUAAAUGACAGCACAUAAGGAGUAUUCCCAAGCCCUGCAAUUUACCACAACUCCGGUUACAUUUUCCAGCCUUUGCUUUGUCUCUUGGUGUUCACAAGGCCCUUGCUGCAUUCCUGCGAGCCGCUCAUUUGUCAAAUCUCCAUUCGGCUCCUACUUAACAAAAUGGUCGCCCUUCACCGUGACUGCAAGAAGGGGAGGAGAAUAAAACCAUCUGACAUGAUUGUCCGAACAUCUACAUCCCAUGUUUAUUCACACUGGUAGUUUUCAGGGUAGAAUACGAGCAUUUUCCCGGUGAAUGGCAGCAGCAGCAGCAGCCCUCCCUGCAUUGCAGCAGUGUAUCAGAGCAGGGGAGAGCCUGUGUGGCACACACAGCACCAGCCGCCCAAUCGCGCGUCUCCGUGUGGCUCUCAAACCAAUCGGCAGCACACAGCUGAGGUUAAAGAUUGACAAUCGCUCUGAGAGCACUAGGGAGAGCAAGGCCCUUCUGGAAAAUUCUGCACCUAUCUUUGUCUCAUCCCUCACUGCCUUUAUAUCUGAAAAAAAAAACACAUUUAAAAGGCUCAGCCUGAAGAAUCUGUGUUCUGUGCCUGUAAAGAAAAAGUUUGGCUGAAGGAGGAGGGAAGGAGUCAGAUGCAAUUGAAGGGAUGGAAAUCGCAACACGAUCCAAGGUCUCUGAUCAAGGGUCAGCAGAAAGGACCGUCCCUAAGCGCAAGGUUUCCAGCCCUCCUCAUUCCUCAAAUGGACACUCGCCUUCGGAAUCCUCCUCUAGUCCUGUAAAAAAGAAGAAGAAACCAGGAGCUGUCAAUAACAGUAAAGACCAGUCAGAACUAAGACAUGGUCCCUUUUACUAUGUGAAGCAGCCCGCACUCACCACAGACCCUGUUGAUGUUGUACCGCAGGACGGGCGGAAUGACUUCUACUGCUGGGUGUGCCACCGCGAGGGCCAGGUGCUCUGCUGUGAGCUCUGCCCGCGCGUCUACCACGCUAAGUGCCUCAAACUGGCUGCAGAGCCCGAAGGAGACUGGUUCUGCCCUGAAUGUGAGAAAAUAACAGUUGCAGAGUGCAUAGAGACUCAGAGUAAAGCUAUGACGAUGCUCACAUUGGACCAGCUGUCUUUCCUGCUGAAGUUUGCUCUCCAGAAGAUGAAGCAGCCUGGUACGGAGCCGUUUCAGAAGCCGGUGUUGCUGGAACAGCAUCCUGAUUAUGCAGAGUAUAUAUUUCAUCCCAUGGAUCUCUGCACUUUAGAAAAGAAUAUUAAAAAGAAAAUGUACGGCUCCACUGAGGCUUUCCUGGCUGAUGUGAAGUGGAUUUUGCACAACUGCAUCAUUUAUAAUGGAGGCAACCAUAAGCUUACAGCAACGGCUAAAGUUAUUGUAAAGAUCUGUGAACAUGAAAUGAAUGAGAUCGAGGUCUGUCCAGAGUGCUAUCUCUCUGCAUGCCAGAAAAGGGACAACUGGUUUUGUGAACCAUGUAGCAACCCCCACCCUCUGGUCUGGGCCAAGCUGAAGGGAUUCCCAUUUUGGCCUGCUAAAGCUCUUCGAGACAAAGAUGGACAAGUGGAUGCACGGUUCUUUGGGCAGCAUGACAGGGCCUGGGUUCCUAUUAACAACUGCUACCUCAUGUCCAAAGAGAUCCCCUUCUCUGUGAAGAAGACCAAGAGCAUCUUCAACAGUGCCAUGCAGGAGAUGGGAGUAUACGUAGAGAACAUCCGGAAAAAAUUUGGAGUCUUCAAUUACGCUCCAUUUCGCACACCUUACACACCAGACAACCAGUUCCAGAUGCUCCUGGAUCCCGCUAACCCUAGCAGCUCCGUCAAACCUGAAAAACAGGAGAAGAUCAAGUUCAGCUUUGAUGUAACAGCAUCUCCUAAGUUGCUCGUGGGAAAGAGCAUGGUGUCCAGUGGAAACGUAGGGAGUGGAAGAGGAAGGCGAAUCUCGAUGUCGGACAUGCCUCGUUCACCAAUGAGCACUAACUCCUCUGCCCAUACGGGAUCUGAUGGAGAACAGGAGACUGCAGAGAAAGGUCAUGCGAGAGCGGCUCUGCCACAUAACAACACUGGAGAGGAGUCAGUGGACUGCACUGCAUCGCCUGCCUCUCCUAGAGCAGGUCUCACAGGAAACACCUUAGAGAGCCCUAAACCUUUCCAUUCACCGGCUCCCAGCACCCCUGUUAAACAGGAGAAGACCCCCACUACUGGCAGCAUCCUCAACCUCAACCUCGAUCGUAGUAAAGCAGAGAUGGACCUGAAGGAGCUGAGUGAAAGUGUCCAGCAACAACAGCAGCAGGGGGCUCAGCCCUCCCUCACCUCCCCUAAGAGACAGAUCAGGAGCCGUUUCCAACUCAACCUGGAUAAGACCAUCGAGAGCUGCAAAGCACAGCUGGGUAUAGAUGAAAUAUCUGAGGAUGUGUAUAAAGGAGUAGAGCACAGUGAUUCAGAGGAAUCCGACAAGUCUGACUCCAGCGACAGUGAAUACGGCAGCGAUGAUGAACAGAAAUCUAAGAGCGGCCAAAACGACAAAAACACAGUUGAUGAUAAAAAUGAGAAAGAGCCACCCAAGAAAAAGUCAAAACCAUCAGUGGCUACUGGUGAGGACAAAGACAGCAGCACAGAGUCUGCUGCAACAGCCAGUACAGCAACCAAAGGAGAAACCAGCCAAAAAACAAACACCUCCGAGCCUAUAGCUAAAGACAAACCAGGUAUGGAUUCCGAGAAAGAACCUCCUGAGAAACUGAAAGCUGCUCCCGCAUCCCCAGAUUCCAGAGAGAAACCCAAGGGCUCUGAAGAGGCCGUGCAGCCGGCAUCUGUGGAUGUAGACAUGGACUCGGACUCUGAGAGGGAGCUGGUCAUCGACCUGGGAGAAGAGCAGGCAGGGAAGGAGAUGAAGAGGAACAGGAAAGAUUCAGCCGCUGUCACCGCACUCAAAGAGCCCACAGCCUCCAAACCUGAAGGUAAAGCCACUCCAAUUUCAAGCAGCCUAACCCAGCCUCAAAACUCGACGGUCCUUUCCUCCUCCCCAGCUGUUAAGGACCCAUCUCAGUCCCCGUUGGCCGCACCGCUUAACAUAAUACCCCUCACAGCAGCUCCAACCAGCACCAAUCUGACCUCCUCCACCCUCCCCAUCACCAUUCCCUCCACCGCCAACAGUUCAUCACCCAUCUCCACCAACACAGUAAAAAAGCAGCGGCCCUUACUGCCCCGAGAUACUGUACCUGUGGUGCAGCAGGCCGUCGUGUGGAACCCCACCACCAAGUUUCAGACGUCCUCUCAAAAGUGGCACAUGCAGAAGGUGCAUAGGCAGCAGCAGGGCCAAACGCAACCGGCCACGCAGGCGCAGGUGUUAACGCAGGUGCAGCGCAGCCAACAGCCGCGGCAGCAAGCGCAGGUCUCGUCAUCCUCGUCGGGACAGCAGCCUUCAUCCAGCACCAGAUACCAAACACGACAGUCUGUGAAAACAGUACAACAGAAAGACUCGCCACACACCACCUCCACCUCUGCCGUCACACUGGUGACCAGCACACCCGUAUCAGCCUCCAUGAUGGCAGGACCCACCAUCAGCUCUUCCUCUUCAUCAUCAACAUCCACAACUGGAGACUUCCAGAUCCCCACCACAUCUGCAGAUGUAGCAGCUGAUAUAGCGAAGUACACUAACAAAAUCAUGGAUGCAAUUAAAGGGACAAUGACUGAGAUAUAUAAUGACCUUACCAAAAGCACGUCGGGAAACACAAUAGCAGAGAUUAGACGGUUGCGAAUUGAAAUUGAAAAACUGCAGUGGCUGCAUCAACAAGAAUUAUCAGAGAUGAAGCACAAUUUAGAGCUAACCAUGGCAGAGAUGAGGCAGAGUCUUGAGCAGGAGCGAGAGCGAAUCGUGACGGAGGUCAAGAAACAGAUGGAGGUGGAGAAACAGCAGGCUGUAGAUGAAACUAAAAAGAAACAAUGGUGUGCAAACUGCAGAAAGGAGGCCAUUUUCUACUGCUGCUGGAACACCAGCUACUGCGACUAUCCCUGCCAACAAGCACACUGGCCUGAGCACAUGAAGUCAUGCACACAGUCUGCAACAUCUUCACAGCAAGAACAAGAGUCAGAAAGCAGCAUAGAUGUUACUCCCAAAGCCCCUGGACAGCCGAGCAACUCACCUAGAGAGACUGUAUCUGCUACACCUGCAGACAAAGACAGUGAAGUGGAUAAAGCCAAGGACAGUGUCGCUGUCACUAUGUCCUAGCUCACAUGUACAAAACAUACACUACAUCAGCACUUAUGUCUGUACAGCUGUACAUAGAUGUUGUCAAAUUCUUCACUACAAAAAUUGUUUUAACUAACAUUUGUCUUGCCUGAUUGUGCUUGUUUUUUUUUUCUGUAUACGACUGUCUGAAUGUUCCAAUUCUAAGACACAAAGACCACCCAAACAUUUCCUGCUGUAGGUUUGAGAGGGUUGUCUGCUUCUUUGUUGGGUUCGAUUGUAAACAAAAAAGACCAGUUUAUUAUUAUUAUUUUUUUUUUUAAAUCUUGUCGUACGUGGGGUCUGAUAACUUUUAAGUUCAUCUUUUUAAUGUUGCCAAAAUAUAUUUAUAAUAUUCCGAAAGCCUCGUCUGCUGGUAAUGUUUCAAAGAUGAGUCACAUCAGUCAUUUUAAAAAUGAUUACAGCGAAAUGGUUGUUUUUGUUUGUUUUUUUUUUCCAGUUCCAGAAGCUAAAAAGAGUAUUGUGUUGUAUUCAUUUCUUAUUCAUGCUAUUUCAUGAAAAGAGCAUUUGGUUAUAUAAAACUUAAAAGACUACAUUAUAUCUUGAUACAUCGCUAAGAUGAGUUUAAACACUGUUCCACAAAAUAUGACUACUUUAUCACUAUCUUGUUUCGAUUGUGUGUCUCCAUGGAAAAGAGAUGGUAAAACUGUAUUAUCACUAGAUAAGAGUGAGGCUCUGUUUAUUUGAUUUCCUGUAUCUUAAAUGCCUUUGUUUUUUUCUGUUUCGCCUGUUGUUCACUUCUGUGAUCUGUUGAUGGUGAAGUUUGUGACAUCAGUAGGAUCUCAUGGUUCUCUUUUUAAGUUUACCUUAAAGUCGAAAGGUAGUGUUAGAUCAUUGAUGAAUGAUAGUAGAUUUUGUCCUGUUUAUAUUGUUGGUGUCAAAGAAUUGUUAAGAUAAUUACUUUUAAGAUGAGUAAUUUAUGUUUCCUUUUUUUUUUUUU